GUGCAGGCGAAAGUGGAAAAAGCACUAUUCUGAAACAAAUGAAGACUAUGCCGCAUUCGUCAAGAAGGUUUUGGACAAGAAGGAUGAAUUCCAGCCUAUGUCUGAAGAAAUGUACAAAGCGAUUAAAACAUUAUGGAACGAUAAAGGGGUAGAAGCCGCCUAUGAACGGAGGGACGAAUUCUAUCUACACGACUCGGCAAAAUA